AUGUCUCAGGCUGCCGGUGGCAAGAAAGGCGGCAAAGGCCCGCCGAAGAAAAAUGCAGACGAAGAUAAGAACCCACCGGUUAAGGCCACGGAUGACACUAAAGAUGAGACAUCGUCCAACAAUGGUGAUAAGAAAGAGGUUAAAGAGAAUGGAGCCACGGAGAACAUCGUCAAGCCUCCAAGUGCAGGCAUUAAUAUACGGGAGGUGGCUUCUCGGAUUCUCACAUUGGCACAGAAAGGAGAGUGGCCGGCUGUGGAGCAAACCCUUAAGGUUCUGGAGAAACUGGUGGCAGCUGGUGGUGAGGAUGCAAUCUCUGUGCCCAUGGCAGGAAUACUGGAUCCGGUGAGUAUUUACUCUAAGAGAAGAGUAUUCUCAAAACAAGAUUAG